AUGAGCAAUUUUGCAAGACGCAAUGACGGCAACGACAGUUAUCUGAUGAAUCAACAAAUGACGGUUCCUGGUACCUAUAGUCACCAAGACGGCCACGAGUUCAAUACUGCUGGUUCUGGCUCGUACCAUUUUCCGCAGCACUCCUUCAACCCAUAUGGGUCUCAGUUUGGGGGUCCUCCCUAUGGGCAGCAGUCAAGCAUGAGCCAAGGCAUGCCGCAUUUACAGUAUGCUGACCACACCAUUCCAUCGAUGUCUACCUCGGAUGAUAUGAGACUCCAUCAUCCAUCCUCGCAGUAUAUCACGCAAUCCAGGUAUCUGCAAUCAUCUCGCUACCCGUCUCUUCGUGAGCCAUACGAAGUAGACAUCGAAAGUCAGGAGUCCUGCAACGAGGGCUCCAAGCUAUCAGAGCCAGUACUGCCUACUCCUGAUGGCUUCCCAGAUGUGAAAGAGUUUGAUCAACUCAUGCAGAGCUACGUUGAUGACCUUUCGAUCAAGAAGCAAGACAAGGCCUUGAUCCACGCGUCAAGGGCACGUAACAUUCGAACUGUUCUGAAUGACCCAAAGGACACUGCAGUCGAAUCUGCUCAAUUUCGAUUCUGGGUCAAAAAGAUGUUCAAGCUCCAGCCAGUCGGCGUAGGGACGGCAGAAUGCCGCAAGAUGAUCUGCCAUGAGGGCAAGCCCGUCGCGAUCCGUGAGAAACUAUUCAAAAUCCUCACAAAGGCACACCAACAGUGCCAACACGGUGGCCGAGAUAAGACCUCUGCCCAGGUCCGACGCAUUUAUUCAUGGGUGCCGAAGGAAUUGAUAUCUCGUUUCGUGAAGAUCUGCCCGACGUGUCAGGUUCGCCGAGGAGGAUCUCGAUUGACGCCACCGAACUCUCGUCGGAGCUCCCCACGGCUUGAAAUGGUUCCUCGAUCUCCAAAGCUUCCGUCACCACCCAUAUCCCGACGCGAGUCUACUUUUGGGGGACAGGUUGCCAUGGAUCGGGCGCAGUCGGACUACUUCAAUCAGAUACAUGGCCACGGUGGAUGGAUGGAUGGCCAUCAAAACAUGCAAGGCCGUCCUGCUCUAGGCACAGGAGUCCGCUCCUAUCAUGGUCCGAUGGGCAAUCUUUCACAUUCGAUCGCAGGCACUUUGGACCCCUUCUCUGCCGAUCUCUCAGUGCCACCGUCCCAGCUUAGCUAUACGACGGGAUACGUUCCUACCCACGGUACGCACACGCAGCGAGAUUUCUAG